GCCACAGUGCUGUCGCAUACGGUCGCUUUCGAAGGGCGUUAAGAAUAUUUUUUCAAGGGAUCCGGGAUUUCACUCGACGUGCUGUCUCUUGGGCAAAGGUGUUAUUGCAAAAGGCUUCGACCAGUGUGUGUUGGACAGAACUGCUUUAAAUCAUGUCGUACAGCAACUCGCCUCCUGAUCAUUACCAGCAUCAGUAUGUGGAUUACUCGUCGCAUAGGUGCCAUUACAGCACAGAUGGUGAAAUCGUCUCAGAUUGUUCGGAUGAAAACUAUUGGUCUUGCAAUGACAAGAAUAUAGAUAAUAAACCAGUGAUAAAUCUGCCUGACGGUACGACGUUUAAUCAUUUACCCUUCCACCCCGUUCACAAGGGAGCUCCUCAAGGAAUCUGUUCAUCGCCAGUUAAUGUCUACAUGCACCAAUACAGGACAGCGUGUGCGGCAAUGAUGCCCGAAAUGGACGAUGGUAGCUCGAUGACUGUAGGCAGUACUUACUCAGUGGUACCAGUGGUAAAAAAGAGAUCCACCGCCAACAAGAAGGAAAGGCGACGAACUCAGUCGAUCAACAAUGCAUAUGCAGACUUGAGGGACUGCAUUCCCAAUGUUCCAGCCGAUACUAAGCUAUCCAAGAUAAAAACCCUUCGACUAGCUACUAGCUAUAUUUCAUAUCUAACGAGAGCCUUGGAAGGCAAUGACUUGGCUGGAAGUUUCAAGGCGGAGUUGGGUAAUAUGCAUAAUAAUGUUAGAAAAUCCUCGUCUGUAUCUUCGUUGCAAGUAUCGGGCAUGAACACCAAUGAAAGUAGCACAUCCCCAACGCAUGUGGAGUUUGAUCCGUUAGCAGACGAUACAGAUAUUUCGAAUGGGAUGAAGUCCAACAAGAAAUCCAAGGGACGUACUGGAUGGCCUCAACACGUCUGGGCGCUUGAACUCAAACAAGAACAGGCACUUUAAUUCAUAAAAAAAUGAUCUGUGCCCACAUCGUACUAUGGGGUAAUAUUGUUUAGAGUGUGCUUUCAAGUACUUAAAGACUCAGAAUGUUAUAAGUAUUGAAUUGACGGAAGAUAAGCAAUUUAGUGUGUAUGUUUGCUUACUUCCUUUUGCCAAAGAUGUAGUCACGUUGCAAUAUAACAACUGCAGGCUUCAACUAGCAUAGUGUGUACAAUUUUAAUUUAUUAUAGUAGGCAUGUGCUAUCUAAAAUCAUAUUUGGACAUCUAGGUAUUAUAUGUUAAAAAAAUAGCGCUUCUAUACAGAUCUUAGGAAUACAGCUUUACACCAUUAAUGUCAUAUGGAUCUUAAAUUAUAGAUAUUAUAAACCAAAGAUUUUGUUGUUACAUAAUAUGUGGAAUAUAUAUAUAAUAGAG